AUGUCAGAGUUUAUCGGCACGGUGCUCUUCCUGAUGUUUGCACUGGGUGGCUGUAACGUUGCCAAUGUCCCUGCAGACACUUCAAGCUCGACGGCCAUUAACGUGACUUCCGGAACCAACGUGUCGAUUCUGCUCUACAUCUCGCUAUGCUUUGGGUUUUCGCUGACUGUGAAUGCUUGGGUCUUUUUCCGCAUCAGCGGAGGACUCUUCAACCCGGCUGUCUCAUUUGCGCUUUGCUUGAUUGGCGCCAUCACACCCCUUCGCAUGGCGCUUCUAACACUUGCUCAGCUACUUGGCGGUAUCACUGCAGCAGCUAUUGUGGACUCCUUGUCGCCAGGCAGUUUGAACGUGUCUGUUGCGCUGUCGCAAGGAACAAGCAUCACACAAGGUCUCUUCCUCGAAAUGUUCCUUACGAUCAUGCUAGUCUUUACAAUCAUCAUGCUAGCAGCUGAGAAACACAAGGCGACUUUCAUUGCUCCGGUUGGUAUUGGUUUGGCUCUCUUCAUUGCUCACCUUUGGGGAGUCAACUGGACAGGUUGCGGCGCAAACCCUGCGCGUGCUCUGGGUCCUGCCAUCACCAACCGCUCAUUCGAGGGCUACUUUUGGAUCUAUUUUGCAGGCCCGUACAUGGGAGGCGCAGUAUCUGCCUUCUUCUACUGGGUCAACAAGAAGCUCAAGUUUGAGGAGGUCAACCCAGAGUUGAACCGUGUUCUCGACGAGCGUCUCGAGGAAGGCAAUUUGAUCAUCACGGGCAACAAUCAUCAGUAGCUAGCACAGACUUGGUAUGUGACCAGUAGAUUAGCAUAGACCCGACAUGUUUCUGGUAACGUAGCAAAGACUAUGCAAGAAUUUGUAAUAGCUUUUCAGAUGUCAUGAAAUCUGCUCGCAAUUGUUUAGCAACAGUGCCUUCCACAAUACUUUCAUGGCUUCAUCAUCUCCAUGUCUACCCUAUGUAGCCCAAGCAGGAUGACGACGCGACAGUUGCGAAAUGUAUUACCUAAUGCCUUACACUUUACAUGCCGAUGAUCUCGAGACUUGCUCGUCUGAUGUGGCUUCUGUGCACGGCGUUGCUAUACAGUUGGCAGGCAAGCUGUACACAUCCCAUGUGCACAGCUCAAAGAAAGAAAGGCAGCCAAAGCCCGCUGAAUGCGCUAGAAUGAAUUAAGAUGGAA